AUGGACAAGAGAGCAUUUCCACUACUGAGGUUGAAAGUCAAUUUCAAAUCUCAUCGAUUUGUGGUUCUCAUUCCAGACGACACUUCGGUUAGCAAUGCAGUGUUUGAAGCCAAUGCCGUCUUUCACAGAUUAUAUCCACUCGAAAGAGAUUCUAAUAUUGUUCGACUCCAAGACGAUACCGGUUGUGACUUAGAAUCAUCCUACCCUAUUUCCUUAGCUGUUGGUAAUUCCAUGGAAGUGAUGGGAUAUUCGAAUGAUUCCCGGCUUAAUUAUUCUAGUAUACAAAGUAUUGAUAGCAGUAAAGUACGGGAUGAUGACUCGUCUGGAUAUCAUGCAUCAUCAAUUACAAGUUUUCUAUCUCCAGAAGGCAACAGCUUUAUGUCUAAGACUCCCGCACACAUUACAAGCAACUCUAGGAGCAAUAAAGAUAGAGAUGGUUAUGGAACGCACUCUACACCUUUUAUUCAAAGAUUCCUAAGUCAUAAUCACCCAUACAACAGAACACUUCCACUGGCACAAUCCUCAAAGGGAACAACUACAGCAAUAACUCAAGUUAAUCAAACGGAAGCUGCUCGAUCUCACGACGGAAAUUCAAAUCAACACAGCUCUGAAAUACCUUUAGGAGCCUUUAAUCUUUUUGGAGAGACUACAACAGGCUUGGUGAUAAAUCAGCAAACAUCAACUGAACGUGAAAAUCCCGAUAUCAGUAACAUAAACCAACGUGAAAUUUCUAACUCAGAUAGCGAAAUUGCAGUUCCAGAGGCCCGAAAUGGUACGACACGCGAUAUACCAGUUGAAAACGUAGCUGAUGCUGUUAAUCAAAAUAACGCAUUGCUAAAUCUCGAAAUUUCAACGCAGAAAUCUAUUAGCUCGAAACCCCAUAAUACUAGCAAGUUGUCGAAUACAAGUAUUGAUAAAGUUACGACAUCGACAGCUGAAACUGUUACUAGCAAUGCUAUAAAGACUGCAAAUAUUGAAAAUAUAAAUGAAGAUUGUAAUAAUGUUAGUUCUCCAGCUUCCAAAAAUUUAAUCAAAAUGCAAGAUAACGCUAUCACUGAUCAUUGUAAGGCUACCGACAAAAGUGAUGUCAGUGGAAUUACUGACAGGGAACUACAAAGUGGUAAAGGAUAUAAUGGAAACAGCGCCAGUAUAUUAACCGAAGAUGAAAGUUCCCGAAAGAAUGAGCAGAAAAAUCUUACUGGUGGCAAUAUUAAUAUUGGUAUUGGUGAUGACAGCAAUUCUAGAGACAUUUUAAACAAAGAAUUAUCUGCCGAUGUUAGUGAUGGUGAAAGCAGCUCUGUUAAAAAAGCAAAUGGUGAACCCAAUAAUACUGAUAAUAUUAACAGAAGCGAUGGUUCUAGUGACAAAAUAUCAAUUAGCCACGACCAAAGUUGUAGCUCUAUUUACAGCAGUGGCAGUGAUGAUGGCGAAACCGAUACCAGCGAUGAUAGCGAAACCGAUGCCAGUGAUGAAUCUGGUAAUGUUGCGAAUAAAGACAAUAUUGUUAAGCAAUCGAAGGAUGGAACUAACAUUAGAGUUGUUAAAAGUGUAAACCAUAAAAAUUUGAAAUCAAACGAAGAGAAUCAAUCUACGGACACUGAAGAAAGUAGUGAAAGCACCGACAGUGAAAAUAGUAGCAGCAGUAGCGCCAGCGAAAGUUCCUCAUCACCAAUUGUUAAUACUGAUAAGAAGUCUCUGUCAAACAAUAAUAGUAAUCGUAAGAAGAACUUUAUCCCUAUUGCAGAUAAUAAGAGACCUAGCGAUACCUUAAAUCCUGAAACCGCAUCACCGAGAAAAAAUUUGAACAAAGAAUUGGCGAAGUCAACGAAAAGGAAGGCAAAAUUUAUAAAUGAAAAUAAAAAUGACUCGAAGAAGUUGAAGCUACAACACAGCCUAGAAGAUGUACAAAAAACUAAGAUUACGGAGGAUAAUUUAAUUGAAUCUGAUAAAAAAUCAGAUUCAGAUAGUAUUAAUUCUAGUGAAAGUUCGUCUGAAAGCGACUCAGAAGUUGAAAGGACUAAAAAAAUGGUGGAAGAUUAUGAGAAGAGAACUAAAACACUCAGUGUAACUGCAUCAACCACUACUUCUACGAAGAAAAGACCAUCAGAAGCGUCGUUGCAACGAUUAAAAACUCAGCAAACCCUUGUUCAAUCAUUAAGUAGCAGUAAAUCGAUGAAACAAGCUACAAAUAGACGAGGGAAGAAAUCAGUUAACUUUAUUCAUGAUCUUCCAAAGGAAAUGUUGUCAACAGCGGCUAAGAACGAUUUCGAUAUUAGUGAAUCGAAAGGUAUACAAGUAAAGGAAUCUGAUGAUUUAAGCGGCCAUUUACAGCGUGUACUACGAGAUGAAUCAGCUUGGCAUAAAAAAAAGAAACGUCGUAGUCAAAAAGCUACAUAA